GGGUUUGGAUCUUCUGGAUCUUUUCCAUGGUUUGGGCCACAAUCUCGGAUCGAGAAACCCAAACCCAUUCUGAGAUCCGAUGGUUGGAAAGUCUUCCUGGCCAAAUGCGUCCCCCACUGCUUGAGACUUGGCGGCGGCCUCCUAAAUUGGUGCAUCUGAGACGUGAUUGGCUCGUCCCCUGGUGAGGGUGGGAACCCGGAACGCCUUCUGAUUGGUCUGAAAAGGCUGUUUUCAUCCUCUUACUGGCCAGCCAAAGUUGGAAAGGGGUUCCUUUUCAAAAUACUUAUCUUCCUCGCUUUUCUUUGAGGUUACUUUAGCCCUCCUCUGCGACCGGUGUUGCUACUGUUUCCAUUUUCCGUGUUAAUGAAGGGCUGUGGAUGGAACAAAAGACAGUAGAUUUAUUCGUCCAAUCUCAUAAUUUGUGUAUAUAUUCUUCUUUUAUUUUAUUUUAUUUUUUGGUCUUUUUUCCCCCUAAGACAGGAUUUCUCUGUGGAACAGUCCUGGCUACCUGGAAUUCGCUCUGUAGACCAGGCUGACACACAGAUCCGCCUGCCUCUGCCUCCCGAGUGCUGGCAUUAAAGAGACCAGGAAGUAAGCAGUCCACUAACCCUGCUGAUAACUACCACCUGGCUCGGAGGAGGACUCUGCAAGUGGUUGUGAGCUCCUUGCUGACUGAGGCAGGAUUUGAGAGCGCCGAGAAAGCAUCUGUGGAAACACUGACAGAGAUGCUGCAGAGCUACAUCUCAGAAAUCGGGAGGAGUGCCAAGUCUUACUGCGAGCACACAGCCAGGACUCAGCCCACACUGUCGGAUAUCGUGGUCACACUGGUUGAAAUGGGGUUCAAUGUGGACACUCUUCCUGCUUAUGCAAAACGGUCUCAGAGGAUGGUCAUCACUGCACCUCCGGUGACCAAUCAGCCAGUGACACCCAAGGCCCUCACUGCAGGGCAAAACCGACCCCACCCACCACACAUCCCCAGCCAUUUUCCUGAGUUUCCGGAUCCCCACACCUACAUCAAAACUCCAACAUACCGUGAACCGGUGUCUGACUACCAGGUCCUUCGAGAGAAGGCUGCAUCUCAGAGGCGAGACGUGGAGCGAGCCCUCACCCGGUUCAUGGCCAAGACGGGCGAGACCCAGAGUCUUUUCAAGGAUGACGUCAGCACUUUCCCCUUGAUUGCUGCCAGACCUUUCACCAUCCCCUACCUCACAGCCUUGCUUCCCUCUGAGCUGGAGAUCCAGCAGAUGGAAGAGACAGACUCCUCGGAACAGGAUGAGCAGACAGACACAGAGAACAUCGCUCUUCAUAUCAGCACGACACCAAAGCUGGCUCUGGCUGUGGGCACAGUCUCUCUCCUCAUGCCGCUGGUGCUCUGCUCUAUUUCGGCUUUUGCUCAAAGGAUGGCCCCGGAGCUGAGAAGGAAAACGCUUCUGUCCUGCAGCAGAACUCCUCCUUGUCUGGCAGCCGGAAUGGGGAGGAGAGCAUCAUCGAUAACCCGUAUCUGCGCCCUGUGAAGAAACCCAAGAUCCGCAGGAAGAAGUCCCUCUCGUGAGCUGAGAAGGAAGCUGCCCUGUAAGUGAGAGGACACCGCUUUCCUGGGGCCUGAGAUCAGAGGGAAGAAGAAAGUGGCGCCCUUUUGGCCCUGCCUGGGCUGUGUCUUUUUAGCAGUAGCCUUCUAUGAAGGCCACCCUGUUUGCAAACAGGCCGGAGUCUGCUGGUGACUUCAUUAAUUCAUCACAGGACUUGAUUCCUUUGAAACCUAGAGGGCCAGGGAAAUUGUUAGGAAGGAAAGGGUCCCCUGCUCUGUGCCCUGCCGGGAAGAUUGCCAAGUGUAUCUUCCAGACCACCUGGAUCCCCCUCGCUGAUCCACAAGAAUCAUGGCACUGAUUUACAGCCCAGAAUCUCAUUCUCACUUCUCUACACCCGGGCCCAGAUCCCUGCUGAGCCGGUAGACAGUGACUUUGUAUCCCUCAUCAUGUUGGAAACAGACCCAUGCUGCAACUCUGAUCUGGGGCUGGCAGGAGCUAGAAGUACAUGGGUUAAUAGAGAUAAUGACAGUGACCAUCAGAGUAGCCUUGAAUCUCUGACCAGCAUUUGAUUAAAGCUGACCACAGUGGGGCCAUCCCACCUGGAACGUGUACCUCGGAGCACCCUUUUGGGAAGGAUUGAGUUGGUUCUCCCAGGACUUGAUAGAGGAGCCAUGGAUGUUAAGCACCAGGGAGAGAGCUUAGCAGCUGGGGGUGGGACUUGUUUUGAGGGCUAGGCUUAGCUGAGAAAUCCAGCUAAUGGUGGAAAGCCACAUUCCCACUCACUGGAGAGAGUGGGUUGAAGGUCCUGCUGAGUCCAUGUGCCUGUCAAGAAGCAAGUCUGAAUCCGCCCACUCCCACCUCCCUGGAGAGAAGACACCAUCCCUCACUUUCCCACUAAUCGUGCAACAUGAUACUCAAGGAAGAUACUGGGAAAGUUGAUAUCUUCGGCUCGUUGUGAAAAGAGGGAUUGAAAAACCAAAUCCAAGGAAGAGUGGCAGGGGCACGUGGAAAUUGACAUAAAGUGGAUAAGUCGUCCUUGGAUUGGAGUGCUGAGCCCACAUAUAAUUUUUCUCUCUGUACUCCACCUUGGCUGCUGCUUUUCUUCCUCCUCGUCUUUCUCACUCUCUUACCCUGUGCCACGUGUUUUUGAGACAGGAGCUCACUCUGUAUUCCAGGCUCAGUGAUCCUGCCACGUGCUGUGAACCACCAUGCCUGGCUUCCAGUAAUUUGGCGGGGGUGGGGGGGAUCAACCUUCCUUCCUUGCUGCUCUCUAGAACCUUUGGUCCCUUUGCCUGGAGGAAAAAAAAACAAAACAAAACAAACAAAAAGCUCUGUGUCUGGAAUUGAAGAAAGAACAAGAGGUGGUGAGAAAAAUGAGCCUUUUUGGCUCUGGUCCAAGCAGGAGUAUUUUCAUGGUGACUCAGAACUUUGGGGUCAGAACAAGAAGACCGGGCUGUGUGGAUUCUGAGAGCUUGUGCUGUAGUUGGCAGGUCCUGGCCCAGUCAGUUGGAAUCCAGUCGCAGGGUCUAAGGAGCUGCCGCCCCUUGCUGUUCCUGAUGCUUCUAGCCAGCGUGUCAGUGUCUGUACUUCUGCACCAUGUCACUGAAGCCAAGCCUGUGGAGCGUGUUGUGUGAGCUGAGGGGGCUCUUGCUGCCCUUGACCGGAACUGCACCGCUGUGGUUGCUCUUAGAACAGAGAUGACUGGUGUGUUGAAGUGUAUAAUUCUCAAUGUAUAUCUAUAGAUUCCUAUUUUUUAUAAGUUGGGAGAGUCUAAGAGGGAAAAAUAAAGUGAUUUAUGAAAAGUCUAAUAAAAUUCAUAAUACAAACUUUAUUUUUUUAAAAAAGAUUUUAAUUUAUUAUAUAUAGAGUUAUGUCUGCAUGUAUACCUGCAGGCCAGAAGAGGGCAUCAGACCUCAUUACAGAUGGUUGGGAACCACCAUGUGGGUGCUGGGAAUUGAAGUUAGGGCCUCUGGAAAAGCAGCCAGUGCUCUUAACCACUGAGCCAUCUCUCCAGCCCCCAUAAUAAAGAUUUUGUGAAUGUA